AUGGCUGGAGGCGAUGGUGCGACCCUGCCGGGGGACCUGCUCGAAGCCCAACUCUCGAUGGUCGAGUUGAUCAGGGCGAUGUACCCAUCGUCAACAGAGAAGUCAGAUUCGACCACAGACGAGAUGAUUGAGAGGUUACGCUCAUGGUGCGAGUCUUCAUGCCCGCCCGGUGGGAGCGGCACCGUCCCAUCCAGGUUCAGCUUCGACAUGACCAUCCCGCUGGACACCGAAGGGGCCGAGGCGCUGUCACCCGAGAUACAGAUCAGCAUCGCCGUGCCCUUGACGUCGACAGAUGUCGAGAUGACGGAGCCUCCCCCUCUCACGUAUUCGUUGCGCCAACCAGUCUGGAUGUCGCGGGCCGAACUCGCGGAGCUGGGCAGCGGCAUGCCCGCGGGCGAUGUGCUGGGAGCGUUCGAUUACAUCCAGGAGAACGCCCCUCGGUACCUGCGCAACGCAUCCCAGUCACAGCGGGAAGAAUCCUCGCGGCCGGGCAAGGACGCAGGCCCCCUGAUGCGGGUGUGGUUCUACUUCCCCUCCCUGUCGACGCGAGAGAAGCGCAAGGACCUGGUCUCGUACACCACCGCGUACGACCUGACGGGGUUUGUCCUGGCGGGGAAACCCGGGGUGCUGUGCCUCGAGGGCGGCUCGGGCAAUAUCGACGGGUACAUGAACGCGAUCAAGAACGAGAGCUGGGGCGACAUCCCCAGCCACCAGAAGAAGGUCAGCGAGAGGUUCCGCGAGGAGUGCGGGCCGGAGGGGAGGAAGGGCGACAUGGCGGCUCUGGAGGCGUGGCUCAAGGAGAAGGGGGUCGGCGACUCUUUCUCCAAGGUUGUGAUGGGGGCAUGA